AUGCGAUAUCCUCACAGUGGGUUUCUUGCCCGGAGAUCUUGGACAUGCGUCAAGUGCAGGGCCUAUUCCUCCUCAGCAGGCGCACCAGCUCGUAAGGGCAAGAACAACCUUCCCGGUACUCCUGCGCGAACGCGUUUUGCGCCUUCGCCGACUGGCUACCUCCACUUGGGAUCUCUCCGGACUGCGCUUUUCAAUUAUCUUCUCGCGAAAAGAACCGGCGGACAAUUUUUGUUGCGCAUUGAAGACACGGAUCAGAAACGAACGAUCCCUGGAGCCGAGCAAAGACUGUAUGAUGAUUUACAAUGGGCAGGACUGAAUUGGGAUGAAGGUCCUGUUGUCGGUGGCCCAUAUGGAUCAUAUCGACAAUCUGAACGAACAGCGUUAUAUCGAUCCCAUGCUAAUGAACUAAUCUCUAAUGGCCAUGCCUACCGGUGUUUCUGCUCCUCUGAACGACUCGAUUCCCAUGCUCGCCAUCGAAGCCAAUCGGGAUUGCCUCCAGGAUACGACCGGAAGUGCGGAGACAUCUCCUCGGAAGAAUCAGAGGACCGGGCCCAUAAAGGGGAGACACAUGUUGUGCGUCUCAAGGUAGAGGGAUACCCCAUGUUCAACGAUUUGGUCUACGGCAAGACUGGGCAGAACAAGCCAAACACAAGCAAGAUGGACUUUAUUGAUCGCGUAUAUGAUGAUCCAAUCUUGAUAAAGUCAGAUGGGCACCCAACAUACCAUUUGGCGAAUGUUGUGGAUGAUCAUUGCAUGAAGAUUACACAUGUGAUUCGAGGAACUGAAUGGAUGCCUUCUACGCCGAUGCACAUGGCAUUGUAUAAUGCAUUCAAAUGGACUCCCCCAAGCUUUGGUCAUGUUCCUCUCCUAGUGGAUAAGUCUGGACAGAAGCUCAGCAAGCGAAAUGCAGACAUCGACCUCUCAUCUUUCAAGGAUAAGCAGGGCAUCUUCCCUUCGACAUUGGUUAACUUUGCUGCCCUUCUGGGCUGGUCUCAUACACAAAAGUCGGACAUCUUCAGCCUCGAAGAGCUUGAAAAAAUUUUCAAUCUCAAAAUCACUCGCGGUAACACUGUCGUUGCUUUUGAGAAACUCUGGUUCCUUCAGAAAGCGCAUGCCCAGCGCUUUGCCACAACUGGGGGUCCUGGCUUUGAUGACAUGGUUGGUAGAACCUGCACCGCCAUCGAGGAAAGCCACCCAUCUGAGAGCCUAGCUCCACUCUUGCAGGGUCGCACCCUUGCUGAGUAUAUAACGCCACUUCUUCAAGCCGAUGCCAAGUCAUACACCACAGCAUCAGAAUUCAAAGAUCGUAACUCAACAUUUCUCACCACAGAGCUUAACCGAUCACCCUACACGCCAAUUACCACCUCUAAAUCACCAUCUUCCCCAGCUCAAGUCCCAAUGCAAGCACUCCACACUGCUGCAGCGGCUUUGACUCUUGUUCCACCUAUCCAUUGGACGGUUGAAACACACCGCUUCAACAUCAACUCAUAUGAUGGAUCUGAUGCCGUGGUGCGUUCUUCGGAGACUACCGGCUCAGCAGACAAGCUUUUUAAGAAAGAAUUAUACCACUAUCUUCGCUGGGCAUUAUCGGCCUCGGCGCCUGGUCCUGGAAUGCCAGAGACGAUGAGCAUCCUCGGGAGAGACGAGACGCUCCGCAGAAUCAAGGAUGCGAAGGCCCUCACGCAAGACCUUGUUCCAUCUGUCGGUAGACGAGUUCCCAAAGGGGCUCAAACGAUGGGCGAUGACCAAAGCUGGAUGGGGUCGCUGGCACCUGGUUCAUAA